GAUAGAUGUAAGGACAGUGUCGUCAUCGCUCUCACUCGAGUCUCUAGAAUUAUACAGUAUGGAUAGUCUAACCACAUUAUGUAAAAAUGUUGGUGUGGAAGCUGAAGGAUACAGCAUUCCUCAGCAAGUUGAAGCAGUUUGAGCAUAUUUGGUCUGAUCUACUCCGUUCAAACUCACAAGCAUUGAAGAAAGCAGAAACAGAACUGGCCGAAUCAGAAAUACAAGUGACGAAAUCAAGAUAUAAUAACAUGAAGAAGCUUGUAAAGAGGCUCCUCCCCUCCUGCGGACUUUCGGAUGAGAUGCCAAACAAAUUAAUCACUCUGGUUCCUGAAGAUGGACAGCAUCAGGAGGAUUUCUGGGAUGGGCAAGGCCAAGGCACCAUCCGCAGUACAGAAAGACACAGAUGAGAGCGUAGUUUUCUUCAGGGAGCUCUUCCAGCGUGACAAAGAUUGGGAUAUCAACCUACUAGAAGCAAUGUACUCCGUUGAGUUUGAUGCUAUCCAAGGUCGCCACAUGAGCAAAGCUCCAUCAGGGAAGAGAGGUUUCCUGAUAACAGUGGACGAGAAGCAUGACUACGAUUGGCUGAAGACACCGCCAGCAACACCACUGUUUCCUUCCAUAGAGAUGGAAGCCAACUCCUCUCGAAUGGUUUUCCAGAAGGAGCUACCAAUACCUCAACCAGCAAAACCUUCAGUUUCCAGGCUCUCAGGCAGGACAGAGGCAAGAAAAACAUCGGCUAAACCAAUGUUUCCCACAACUGAUUCUUCAUCAAAGAACUUACUCAGAGGGGCUGCACCAUCCAUAUCCAAUGAGAAGAACCAACCUUGCACAAUAGAAAAGAGAUCAACUUACGCAGCCAUUAUGAGCAGGAAGCACAAGGCGGCAAGUGCUGCAACUGCACCUACAGCUUCCACGGCGAGUAGCAAAGCAACCAGUAAACACUCUGACAGAUGCUAUGCCAGCCAAGGCAGCAGUACAAAUGCACCCAAGAGAGUGACGAACCCUGACCUCCCUCACAAUGCACCGAAGAAUCUGAUCACUGCUCCAUCGACAGCGAAAACUUGGCGUAGAGAUCUAGCAUUGGGUGCACCUGACAAAGUUGACAGUGGCAGGAUAAGGAGGCAGUCAUGCCCAGCAGCUGCAACCAGAGGCCCCAAGGAGCAGAUCAUCAUAGAUGGCAAGCAGAAGGUGAAGGCAGUGAAAAACAGCAAAGAAUCUGCUUCUAAUAACCGUGGCCGAACCGGCGAGGGCACAUUGACAUUGAUGAAGGAAAUGAGAAGAACAGACAGGAAGUAAGAGCAUGGAGAUCAGGCGAAUGGAACAUGUCAGUAGAUAUAAAUUUGUGAGGCAGUUUUCUACUGUUCCCUCUUGUUUGAACUCCUUUUUUUUUAAUGAUAAAUGAUGUAAUGCACAAACUAUUUGCGUGAUCUUGAAAAGGCAUACAACUAUACAAGUCGAUACCCAAUUGACCAUCUGGUGCUGAUGUGUUAGGUAUGUUGGAUUUGUG